AUGGAAUUCCUUUUUUCCCUCUGCCUAUCUCUACAGAAAACAUCCGUUGCCGUGGCAACCGUGACCAAUGGAAAGGGUCUAAUCAAAUUGAACGGAAAAAAUCUUGACUUAGUGGAGCCCUACAUAUUGAGAACUAAAGUGUACGAACCCUUAUGGUUAAUCGGAUCAGCAAAAUUAAAAAACUUGGACAUUCGUAUCCGAGUUAAAGGAGGUGGUCAAACCGCCCAAAUUUACGCAAUCAGACAAGCCAUUGGAAAAGGAGUGAUUUCAUAUUACCAGAAAUAUGUCGACGAAUCUACGAAGAAAGAAUUAAAGGAUGCUUUAUUAAGGUACGACAGGACGCUGCUUGUUGGAGACACAAGAAGAUGUGAACCGAAGAAAUUCGGUGGAAAGGGUGCUCGCGCGAGAUACCAGAAAUCGUACAGAUAA